AUGGAGUCAAGAAUGGAACAUUAUGAGAUCAUGGAACAGAUUGGGCGUGGAGCAUUUGAUGCUGCUAUUUUAGUUAAUCACAAGCAAGAAAGAAAGAAGUAUGUGCUCAAGAAGAUUCGAUUAGCUCGACAAACUGAACGUUGCAGGAGAUCUGCUCAUCACGAGCUCGUGGUUUCCCUUGAGAGUGUUUUCAUAUCACUUGAUAAAGAUUAUACAUCUGUGAUUCACUCUAUACUGGGAACUUAUAUAAGUGAAACUUCAAGAACUAAACUUAAGUUUAACAAUGCAUUUGAUAGGGCUGAACUGAUGAAAAAAGCAAAUGGGCAAUAUUUUCCAGAAGAGUGCUCAAACAUCUUUCUGACCAAGGAACACAAAGUUCGCCUUGGGGAUUUUGUCCUUGCGAAAACGUUGAAGGCUGAUGACUUGGCUUCUUCAGUAGUUGGAACUCCCAAUUACAUGUGCCCGGAACUUCUUACGGAUAUUCCAUACGGUUUUAAAUCAGAUAUUUGGUCCUUAGGCUGCUGUAUGUAUGAAAUGGCUGCUCACCACCCUGCAUUUAAAGCAUUUGUAAGGCUUCUUGAAUUUGAUUUUGGGGUCAAUGCAAGGUCUAUGGCAAAGUUUAAACAAGUUCAAGAUGAAAAAUCUAUUGAAGAAUUGAGAUUCAAGGAAAAAAAAAAUGACCCAAUUGCAAUUCAGAAAGUCAUCAACAACGUGAAGGCAAGCGGCAUUAAAAUUGUUGAAGGAGGAAGUAAGAGAAAAGUCAUAAACAGUGAUUCAGAGGAGAUUGAAUCUGCUUCAUCAGAUUUGGGCAAAUCUGAAGAACAUCAUGUAUUUGCUUAA